AUGUCGGAGGUGUUUAAGAUGAGGCAAUCCUGCUGUGGGGCCUUUGCUUCUCUGCCUGCCGUUCUGCGUCUCCCCGGGACCUUGCUCCCGGGCCCGCUCAGGGUGUCCCCGCGUUGCCGCAAGAAGAGCGGCUCGGUGCUGCCCCCUGGCGGAAACGGGCCGCGGUGCGCUCGGCGCUGCCACCCGGUGGCGACGGGCGGUAUUGCAGCCGGGACCGGGUCCAUCCCGGCAGACGUGACCUUCCUCACGUUCUUCUUCACGCGGCUGGAGCGGAACCGCAGCGGCCGCUACGAGCGCGAAUUCCCGUUCGUGUCCCGCUGCGGCGCGGAGCGCAACCUCCUGCGCUGCGAGCACAGACCCAUCGUCUUCACCCGCCUCCUGCCCCCGGACGCCUCCUCCUCAGCCUCCUCCUGCUCCCGCCGCGCCGUGCUGUCGUUCUGCGGCGGCGGGGAGCGGCUGGCCGUGCCGUUCCGGCCCGAGGCGCUGGUGAUGCUGCCGGAGAACGGGCGCUUGUACCACCCGGCGCCGGGCCGGGCGGGGGGCGCGGGGCCGGUGCGCUCGGCGCUGGCUCUGGAGUGGGGGUCCCGCUUCGAGUACGAGCAGGGGCCGGAGCAGCCCCCGACUCACUUUUGGUGGGAGGGGAAGAGGUAUCGGCUCACGGGGGAGCUGGUGCAGCUGCUGCGGGGAGGGGAAGGGGCGGGGGAGGCGGAGAGCGGCGGGGCCGCGGGGCGGGGGUGAGGCUUGGAGGGGGUGG